UAAAAAAUAUUCAUCUCACUAAAAUGGCUUUAUCACCAAGAAUGAUUGUAGUUAUUAUUCUGAUAAGCUUUACAUUUUCACUUGUGGGAGCUUAUGAUUACUUGUCAUUGGCUCUUGAGUGGCAACCAGGAUACUGCAGGAGUAAAGAUAUUACAAUUCCAUGUCAAAAGAUAGUAGAUGACAAUUUUACAAUACACGGAUUGUGGCCUUCGAGCCAAUCGGGUCCUCAUCCAAAAGAUUGCCCUACAGACCUUCGAGGGAGAUCUUUGGAUGAAAAGACGAUCAAAAGUUUAAUACCAGGCCUCAAGAUAUCAUGGCCAAGUUCAACUGGAGCAGAUGAAAAAUUAUGGAAAGCUCAGUGGGAUAAGCACGGAAGAUGUUACUACGACGGAAACACGCAUAGGCAAUACAAAUACUUCCAGACAGCAUACAACUUUUGGAAUGGAUUCAACCUUUUUGAUACAUUCAAGGCAGAAGGGAUUGUGCCUGUUAAAGGAGGCAAGCUGUACACUACAGAGGCUGCAAUAAAAGCCUUCAGAAAGCACUACAGCCAAGACAGGGUUACCUACAUUCCUGAGUUCAAGUGUUCUACUCCUAAGCCGUCCUCACCAAGUGAAUUAUAUGAAAUCAUUAUGUGCUUGGAUCAUGAUGGAAAUGAGCCCAUCAACUGUACAACGACUUCUCCAUCUUGUGGUAAACAAUUUUUAUGGAAUUCAGAAAAAUAAUAAUCAUGUAAAACAUAUUGCUUCCGGAUACACAUACUAAAUAAAAAGGAAGCAACUAUAUGGUGUUUAUGAAUGAAUUCUCAUGAAACAGAGCAUCUAUAUAUUAUGCAAGAGAUUACUGUUUAUUUAUCUAUUAUGAAUUUCAAUAAAAUAUAUAUUCAUUAGACUA